GCCGGUGUUGUUUUGAUGAAUAAGAGACUUUGUGUCAAAGGCAGGGCUUUUUUUUUUAAAAAAAACAAGAGGGGGGGAAAAGGGAGUAGGGCUGGAGUAAGGAGGGCACCUUCCCCACUCCCGGGGUUAGCAGCAACCGUUUAUUUAUGUCCGUUGGAAGAGUUUGAGACCAAACUAUGCACUUUUGCUGAAGGAGUAAGAUUUUUUUUUUAAAAAAAAGAGAGGAGGAAAAAAUAUACUGAAAGAAUGGAAGAACUUAGUGCUGAUGAGAUUCGUAGAAGACGCCUUGCACGGCUUGCUGGUGGACUGACUUCACAGCCCACCACUCCACUUACCUCCCCACAGCGGGAAAACCCACCUGGAGUAUCUGCAGCGACGCCUGGCAUAUCUCAAAAUAUGGCCCUAAGUGUACAGAGCGUGACUCCUGCCACAUCUCCUAUUGGAGCAACAGGUGUUGCACAUAGAAGCCAGAGCAGUGAAGGGGUGAGCUCACUCAGCAGUUCCCCGUCAAAUAGCCUUGAAAACCAGUCUCAAAGUCUGUCCAGAUCUCAGAGUAUGGAUAUCGAUAGUGUGUCCUGUGAGAAAAGCAUGUCCCAAGUGGAUGUAGACUCAGGAAUUGAAAAUAUGGAAGUCGAUGAGGGUGAUCGCCGGGAAAAAAGGAGUCUGACUGAUAAGGAACCCUCGUUGGGGUCAGAUGUAUCAGAAGAACAAGCACUUUCGCUUAUAUGUAAAAUCUUCCGAGUCUCCUGGAAGGAGCGUGAUCGGGAUGUGAUUUUCUUACCUGGUCUGGCUGCAGAGUUUAAACAGAAUGCAAAAGAAGUUUUCUCAGACUGGAAAGACUUGAUUGGCCAGAUUCUAAUGGAGGUUCUGAUGCUGUCCACUCAAAUGCCAGAAGACAACCCAUUUGCCAGUUUGACCGCCACCUCUCAACCUAUUGCAGCAGCUGCAAGGUCACCUGACAGGAAUUUGCCCCUUAACCCUUCAAGUCAUGGAACAAGUCCUAUGUUUUGCAGCCCGGGCUCUUUUGGCGCCAGUUCUUUAUCGAGUCUGUAUGGAAGCAGCCCAACUUCUCGAUCCUUUACAGCAAGCCAGCCUUCCAAGAUUGCUGGCAGUGCGCACCAGCAGCCUAACUUUGCAAGCCCUGUUUCACUGACGCCCAGUUCUCCAUGCCAACGUACAAUGGCAACUAGUUCAUCCUCAACUCAGGCCAGUUCUUCAGGACAACCAUCAUUGACCAGGAGCUGCCCACCCUUAUUCUCAACUUCUCCCAGGCUAAGAAACGUUCAUACAAACCCAUUGCCAAUCACACCUGUGUCUUCUAGCCCGCAAACCAUAACCACUAGCCCUUCAUCAAUCCAAAUGAGUUCUCCAAGACGACGACCCUCUGUCAUGGGUCCACCGUUAUUUCUAGUCACUUCUCCUCCAGCAGCCUCCCGCUCCUCUCCACUGAACCAGCUACCGCCUAGUAUCUACAACAACCCCUUUUCCCUUCUCCUCUUCGCUCUUUCUGAUUUACCUGAGGACAGCAGUGAUGAUGAUGAUGACGAUGAUGAUGAUGAGGAAGAUGAUGUUGAUUUGUCUAGUGUCCAGUUUGGUUCCAGUUUGGGCACAAUUGGUGCUUGCGCGGAGUCUGGCAGCGAUCGUUUUACAAUCGAAGCCUGUAAGGAGACGGAAAUGUUGAACUACCUCAUAGAGUGCUUUGACAGAGUUGGAAUAGAAGAGAGAAAAGCUCCAAAGAUGUGCAGUCAACCAUCUGUUAGUCAGCUGCUCAGCAACAUCCGAUCCCAGUGUAUCUCCCAUACAGCUCUUGUAUUGCAGGGGGCCCUCACACAACCAAGGUCCUUAUUGCAGCAAUCAUUGCUAGUACCUUAUAUGUUGUGUCGGAAUCUUCCUUAUGGCUUCAUUCAAGAGCUAGUUAGAAUGACUCAUCAGGACACAGAGGUAUUCAAACAGAUCUUCAUUCCAAUUAUACAAGGUCUAGCGUUGGCUGUGAAAGAAUGCUCUUUGGAUGGUGAUAACUUCAAGUAUCCACUUGUGGCAUUACAAGAAUUGUGUGAAAUUAAGUUUGGGAAGACGCAUCCAAUGUGCACUUUGGUGAUCUCACUUCCUUUGUUUUUGCCUGACCCUUUAAGUCAAGGCACAGGCAGAGAGUUGCAAAGACUUUCAGUCCUUGGCUCUUUCUUCAGUCUGUCUGUGUUUGCAGAGGAUGAUACCAGAGUUGUUGAGAAAUAUUUCUCUGGACCUACACUCACACUUGAAAAUACUAGAGUUGUCAGUCAGUCCUUGCAACACCAUCUGGAAUCAGCCAGGACUGAUCUCUUCAAAGUUUUGCACAAUAUUUUACUUAAUGGUGAGACCAGAGAAUCUGCUUUAAAUUACAUGGCAGCAGUGGUAAACCGCAACCUGAAGAAAGCACAGAUGCAAACAGAUGACCGACUGGUGUCAACAGAUGGAUUCAUGUUGAAUUUUCUGUGGGUGCUGCAGCAACUGAGCACAAAGAUCAAGCUAGAAACGGUUGACCCAAUGUACAUUUUCCACCCCAAGUGUCGUAUCAACAUACCCACAGAUGAGACGCGUGUGAAAGCCUCAAUGGAAGACAUUAAAAGCUGGCUUUCUGAGCUCAAUGAUCAGUCCAAGUUUGCUGAGCCAAAGUUCCCCACGGAAUGCUUUUUCCUGACGUUACAUGCACACCAUCUUGCUAUCCUGCCAAGUUGCCGUCGGUAUAUAAGAAGACUACGAGCUAUUCGAGAUCUCAACAGAACUGUUGAGGAGCUGAAAAAUAGUGAAAGUCAGUGGAAGGAUUCCCCAUUGGCAAACAGACACAGGGAGAUGUUGAAACGAUGCAAAACUCAAUUGAAGAAAUUAGUGCGGAGCAAGGCCUGUGCUGAUGCUGGUUUGUUAGAUGAGAAUCUGUUAAGGAGAUGUCUCCAGUUUUAUGGUACAUUAAUUCAAUUGAUUUUUCGUCUGGUUGACCCACGUUACCCAGACAUGACACUGCCCCUUAACCCAGAGGUCCCCAAGGUGUUUGCAGCAUUGCCUGAAUUCUAUUUAGAAGAUAUUGCUGAAUUUUUGCUGUUUAUUGUACAAUAUUCCCCUCAGGUUUUAUACGAGCCUUGUACUCAGGACGUUGUGACCUUCCUAGUUGUAUUUAUCUGUAGUCAGAACUAUAUCCGAAAUCCUUACUUGAUUGCCAAGCUGGUAGAAGUCGUGUUUGUGACAAAUCCAGCAGUUCAGCCUCGAACACAGAAAUUCUAUGAAAUAAUGGAGAAUCAUCCACUGGCCACAAAACAACUGGUGCCUGCGUUAAUGAAAUUUUACACAGAUGUUGAACAUACUGGAGCAACUAGUGAAUUCUAUGACAAAUUCACUAUCCGUUACCACAUCAGCACAAUUUUUAAGAGCCUUUGGCAGAACGUGGCACAUCAAGGCACCUUUAUGGAAGAGUUUAAUUCGGGAAAGCAAUUUGUCCGUUACAUAAAUAUGUUAAUAAAUGACACUACGUACCUGUUGGAUGAAAGUCUGGAUUCUCUCAAACGUAUCCAUGAGGUACAAGAAGAAAUGAAGAACAAAGAACGCUGGGACUCAUUGCCCAGGGAUCAGCAACAGAGUCGGCAAUCACAGCUGACACAGGACGAGCGCGUCUCCCGCUCAUAUCUUGCUCUUGGUGCGGAAACAGUGGACAUGUUCCAUUACCUCACCAAACAAGUGCAAAAACCUUUCCUUAGACCUGAACUUGGCCCACGCUUAGCUGCCAUGUUAAACUUUAACCUGCAGCAACUGUGUGGACCUAAAUGCCGUGACCUAAAGGUAGAAAACCCAGAAAAAUAUGGUUUUGAACCAAAGAAACUUUUGGAUCAACUGACUGAUAUUUACCUGCAUCUAGACUGUCCCCGGUUUGCAAAAGCCAUUGCUGAUGACCAGCGGUCAUACAGUAAAGAAUUAUUUGAUGAAGUCAUUUCAAAAAUGAGAAAAGCAGGAAUUAAAUCGACAAUAGCUAUCGAAAAAUUUAGACUUCUGGCAGAAAAGGUGGAAGAAAUUGUCACAAAGAAUGCCCGUGCAGAAAUUGACUAUGGAGAUGCACCAGAUGAAUUCCGAGAUCCAUUGAUGGACACUCUGAUGAAUGAUCCUGUGAAGCUGCCCUCUGGGACCAUAAUGGACCGCUCUAUUAUUUUAAGACACUUAUUGAACUCACCAACAGACCCAUUUAACCGCCAACAUCUGACUGAGAAUAUGCUGGAGCCAGUGCCCGAACUGAAGGAAAAGAUCCAUGCCUGGAUGAAAGAGAAGCAACAUGCGAAUCGUUCUUCACAGUGAAGUGUGACUUAAGAGGGAUACAAUGAGAAAAGUUUGUAGUUCGGAACGUAGACCACCAGAUUAUUAAGACCCAAAAGCAAAUCUGCGUGACAGUGAGGCUUUGUAGGCUACGUUUGCUGCACUGAUAUUAAAGAGGGUGAAC